AUGAGCAACGGAAUCAAGAGAAACAGCGAAGGCUAUGCUGCUCUUGGCGGUCUCGAUCGACAAAUUGAACAGAUCCGCCGCCUGGUCGAGAUGCCGCUGACGAGACCGGACGUCUUUCGAAGAUAUGGCCUCAAGCCGCCGAGGGGCGUGCUCCUCUACGGCCCGCCUGGAACAGGAAAGACGUCGCUGGCCCAUGCCGCCGCUUCGGCUUGCGUCGAGGCUGGCUCAAUCCAUCUCGUGUCUGGACCCGAACUCUCCUCCUCCUUUCACGGAGGUACCGAGCGUAGCCUUCGACGUCUGUUCGAGCGCGCCCAAGAGACAGCUCCCAGUGUCGUCAUCAUCGACGAAAUCGAUGCCCUGGCGCCCAGACGUGAUGCGGGAGCUGGAGCCGAUGGAGCUGGUGUCGAAGGGGCGGGCGAGGUCGAGAGGCGCGUCGUCGCUACCCUUCUGACGCUCAUGGAUGGCCUGGGUCAACGACAGGGUUCGAGCCAGGGUCGAAACAAGGAACCCGAGGACCAGGAAGGCCGCAUCGUUGUCAUUGCUGCCACCAAUCGUCCCAAUGCGAUCGACCCGGCGCUGAGACGGCCAGGCCGGCUCGACCGAGAGAUCGAGAUUGGCGUGCCAUCGAGCGAAGCCAGAAGGUCUAUACUCGAUGUGCUCCUGCAAAGAGUACCACAUACCCUUGACGAGGAUCAGAAGAAGCAGAUCGCCGAUCAGUGUCACGGCUUCGUGGGCGCCGAUCUCGCCUCGCUGGUGAGAGAAGCGGGCAUGCGCGCAGUCACGCGCGAGCUUCUCGAUGGACCCAGAAGCAGCCAAGACUCCAUGGCAAUGGACCACGUUGUCUCCAAGAUGAACGACGUCAGCCUCACAAGUCAAGAUGACAGCAACAAGGUGACCCUAGAAGACUUCAGACACGCCCAGACCGUUGUCCGACCCUCUGCGAUGCGCGAAGUCACGCUGGAGCUUCCCAAGGUGCGAUGGUCCGACAUUGCUACCGGCCAGGCGGGGGCCAAGGUUCAGAGCCAGAUUCGAGAAUGUGUGGAAUGGCCCUUGAAGCACGCAGACACCCUGGCCCGAUUAGGAAUUCAAGCGCCAAAAGGCUUGCUCCUCUACGGCCCGCCCGGUUGUAGCAAGACGCUCAUUGCAAAGGCACUGGCCACCGAAAGCGGCCUAAACUUUGUGGCUGUCAAGGGCCCGGAACUACUGAACAAGUACGUGGGCGAGUCAGAGCGAUCACUGCGCGAAGUCUUCCGCAAGGCCAGGGCCGCCUCGCCUUCGAUUAUCUUUUUUGACGAAAUCGACGGCCUGACGACGAUGAGGGGCAGCGACGGCGGCAGCGAGGCGUCGCACUCGGACAGGCUCAUUGCUACGCUGCUGAACGAGAUGGACGGCGUCGAGGGCCUUGGCCACGUCAUUGUCGUCGCAGCCACCAAUCGUCCCCAGGUCAUCGAUGCAGCUCUGCUGAGGCCCGGUCGCUUGGACAGGCUCCUUUACGUCGGUCCACCAGACCUGGAAGCGCGCCGCAAGCUGCUCGAGAUUCGCGCUGGAAAGAUGACCUUUGGCAACGACGUCAAUUUGGAUGAGAUUGCUACGAUGACCGAGGGCUGUUCCGGGGCGGAGAUGGUUUCAAUUUGUCAGGACGCCGGGCUGAGGGCCAUGAACGAGGACCUCAACGCGCCCUGCAUCGCGCAGCGGCAUUUACGUGGGGCGGCGGCUGAUGUUAGGCGAAGGAUCACGCCCCAGAUGAUUCACAGCAUAGAGGCUUGGAGGGAUCAGGUAGCGCUGUAA